ACCUAGGCAGCCGGAAACGUAUUGAAUAUUUAAUGUUGGCUAAUCGUAUAUCAAAAAAUUUGUUUCACUGCCUUAACGCUGCGAGGCGAGAGUUGGAUUGAAGAGUAGGCGUUCAGACAGAACUAGGGCCGCGUUACCUCAUUUCCGGGAACGUUAUCGAGCACAAUCAUGGACGCUUUCAAAAACAAGGAUUUCUAUUUCGUCGGAUUCGAAUGCUGGCCGGAUUAUUCGCUUUACGUAGCCUGCUUCUUCAUCAUGUUGACUUUCGUCAUCAUCUGGUUUUACUGUCGGGACGCCUUUCGAUUCGCCUUUAAACGGAGGGAGACACAAGAACAUGUAUCUCCCGUACCUCAAAAGAAAAAGAUGGCAAAAGAAGAUGUACAGAAGUGUUUGGAGUGGCUGCUUAAUACCCAGAGUGAGUUGGAAACAGACCCUUUUGGGAUAUGUAAGGCAGCCAUUUUGGAAGCCUCGAUUCGUCAACAGAAUAGAAGCACAGAGCUUCUCCGUUACCAAGACAACAUAAAAAGGGUCAUGACCCGACACAAAGUAUCUGAUGAUGAUACCAAGGAAAUAUCUAACUCUUAUGAAUCCGCAAUGGCAAUUUCCUCCAAACGGAUGUCGUGUAUGGAAGUUUUGAAUGGGAUAGCAUCUUUAGAAGAACACGUUGAGAGUCUGUCUCACGAUUUCGAUGCCCGAGCCGUACACUUGGUCAAUGUUGGAGAAAAUAACAAACAUACCGGAUCUAAAUCACAGAGCAACGAGAGCUUGGUCAAAACAGCCAAGAAUUGCCAUAUAGCAGUCAGAAAUAACUGGCGCUGGAUCGACACCAUGCUACAAUGUUCACAGGUUCAUCUCAGAAAUGCCGCCAUGUUUCAUGAGUUUUUCCACGAGGUGGAUGAGGUGGAGUACUGGAUGAACACAACCUUAUCUCGUAUCCACUUGACCUUUGACCGUUCUAAACUCAGCGGGGACCGCUCAGAUGUCAAGGUUAUUCAAGAGGAAAUGAAAGACAUGCUCUUGGCGUACUUACAAUGGCAAAGCAAAGUUGACAGUUUGUUUGACAGAGCACGUGACAUAGUUCCAAUCCAAACGAGGCUGGAAAAAAUCCAGGAACCACGCCCAGUUGUCUCCCUUACCGACUACAAAACCAACGAGAUAGAAUUUAAUGAAGGCGAGACAUUGACUCUUCUCGACAAUGGCAAGCAAGGAAAAUGGCUGGUUAAGAAUUCCCGCGGUCAGUCCGCUUUGGUUCCGUCUGUUAUAAUCCUAAUUAGAGGGCCAUCUGGCGAUGCCUUAGAAGCUGUUAUAAGACUUCGCAUUCAACUGCUAGCUAUGUGGACCACAAGCAUCAAAAGGCUGGGUUACCAGAUGAUUGCGUUCAUGGGUCUGGUGUUCAGAGACUGGACGGACCAAGAGAUUCAGAUGCUUCAAUGCAUGAAUGACAAAGAAAGAAAGGAGCUACUGGGAGUGCUGAAGUACAUUGAGGACACGCUCCUCAAGAACUGGAACGGUUACGGAGGAUUUGAGGAGCUUCAGGAGAAGAUUCUCCGACUGCGCAUGAUCCUGGAGGAGACGGAUGGCAAGGCCACAGCUCAAGAUUCCGAGAUGUUAACGCAAGUUGUUGUGCAGAUUAAGUCCCUCAAAGAUCUCCUUAAUAAUUACAAAGAUUUUUGGGCGUACUGGGAAACAUACAAAGGAAUUGUGGAGCUUCUGAAGGCGCCAAAGUUCUUGCUCGUCUGUGAUAAAUGGGAUGAACUCAAAUUUGUGACGUCGGCUCAUUUCGUAAAGUUUUGGGAUACGACAUUGGACGUAUCAAACGAGGAUCUUACUCAGGCGACAUCAGUGACACUAUUUGAGACACCAAAAGAACCAUUCCCGACUGAAAACAGAAAACCGGUGGAUGAACUUCUGGUUUGCCAAGUUCAGCCGCUGCAACAAGAGGAGGGGGAGCUGGAUGCCCUUGAUGGCUACGAGGAAGAGGAGUCGUAUCAAACCUACGAGGAAACAACGGUGACGUCAACAGAUCAAGUGAUGUCAUCAGUUGAAGAAGAGCGAUCCACGUUCGUGAUCACAUCCGUGACCGACCCACGUGAUGAUGACAAGGAAUUGUCCCUGCAGGAAGCCAUCAUGUUGGGAAUCAUCGACCAGACGACAAACCAGUACAUAAAUCCGGACACGGGUGAUGUGUGUUCCAUUACUGCUGCCAUGAACGAUGGCAAGAUCAUGUUUGAAUUUACAUCACGAAAGAAAAUCCGCGAAGAGAAAAAAUCGUAUGGUAUCAUCUCAAUCAAAACUACUAAAGAAAAUAGGCCCUACACGAUAAGUCACGUGAUUGACCCAUCAUCGGAACAGGAAAUGACUUUGCCACAAGCUAUAAGUAAGGGAAUCAUUAACAAGACGGAUUCUACAUAUAGGACUGAAACCGGAGAGUUGAUUAGCAUUGAUGACGCAAUAUCCAGUGGCCUCGUCAAGGUGGAAUACCAUAAUGGCGGCGAUCAUCCGGAAGCGGAAAGCACAACAAGAACGUACGCAGUUCACGGAGUCUUGGACAAAAAGACUAAUCAGAAAGUGUCGUUUGCUGAUGCCCUCAGUAGUGGUAUUUUGGACAAAGAGAGUGGAGAAUAUGUAGACAAUGUAACCAAGGACCGAUUACCGGUGCAAGACGCCAUCAUGAAAGGCUUUAUAAAAGCAAGAAUAGUGACGGAUACUUCAAAGCUGGACAUUGAUCCGGAAAAUAAAAUGGUCGUUGAAAAGUUUGCUUCAGCAAAGAAUAAACUGAGAGCUGCAAAAGCUCUUCGUGGCAUGAAUAAUGGACAGAGCUAAAUCUUUGUUAUAUCUAUACAUUAUUUAGUUAUUGGCGAGUAUGUAAUCAAAAUAUUGCUUUUAUUGCAUUAUUAACCAAAGAAACCAAUGUCACUUAUAAAUCAACUGGAGAAUAACAGACCAUUGGAAUUCUUGAAUGCUAAAAGCUUUCCAUAAAGUUAUUGAUUUGCAGCAAAUGAAUGUGAUUAUUUAUCUUCAUGAUUUAUUUUUGUACGUUUAUAUUAAUAUACCUUUUAAAAUAAACAAUAACAUGAA